AUGAACGAAGACCCAAGAACAGCUAGCGACCUCGCCGCUACGUACGAGUCCCAGAUCAGGGGGAAAGUUGUUCUCACUACUGGUGUGUCCCCCAGCGGAUUAGGUGCAGCCUUCGUACUCGGUAUUGCGCGGUCGCAGCCAGCGCUACUCAUCCUAGCCGGUCGCAACCUCACCAAGAUGCAGCAGACAGCCGACGCUAUCUCUGCGAUUGGCGUCAAGGUUCGUAUUCUCGAGCUUGACUUGGUCUCGCUAGCCUCAGUUCGAGCCUCAGCCGAGAAGGUCAACGCCUGGGACGAUGUGCCUCAGAUUGAUGUCUUGGUCAACAAUGCUGGUGUAAUGGCCGUUGACUGGGCUUGCUCUGCCGAAGGAUAUGACAGCCAGCUCGCGAUCAACCACCUGGGUCCUUUCUUAUUCACCAACCUCAUCAUGGGCAAGAUGCUAAAGUCACCCGCACCUCGCAUAGUUAUGGUGACUAGUGGGGGCCACCGGCUGAGCCCUUUCCGGUUCGAAGAUUAUAACUUCCGCGACGGCGAGUGUUAUCAUAAGUGGCUGAGCUACGGCCAAUCAAAGACCGCCAACAUGCUCAUGGCUAUCUCUCUCGCGGAGAAGCUCGGUCCAAAGCACAGGCUCUCGGCUUUUAGCGUCCACCCAGGGGUUGUCCCGUCCAAUCUAUCGUCGCAUUUGAAAUUAUUCAGUGAGGACGAUUCAGAUAUGAUAUCCAUGCGUGACAUUGAUCGCGUUAUGGGUAACGGGAUUGGGUGGACCGGCUUCGAUGAUGUUUUUCCCUCCACCCCCGAGGUUGGCGCAAAUGUGUAUGUGUACGGAGCCUUCGACCCUGAUGUCACUAAAUGGCUAAUUUUCGAAGCACAUAAUGGCUCAUUCCUCUUGAGUUGCCGUUUGGCAGAUCCCUGGAAGGAUACCGUUCGACCUUGGGCAACUAGCUCUGUCGAGGCCGAAAGGCUAUGGAAACUCAGUGAGAAGCUUGUUGGCCAGGAGUUUCUGUCCUAG